UAACAAAAUCGGCAAAUCUGAAAUUAACAAAAUUAACCCCACCUGCGCAGCUUGUUUUUUCUCCUUAAUCAUUUUUUUAUUUUUCCCGCGAAGUUCCGAUUUCAUUUUUUUUGUCACAUUUUUCGCAAAAUUAAGAUAUAUUCAUCCUCUCAAAGAACACUUUUUUAACAUUUUCUUUUUUGUCAAAAAUGGGGUGGAAAUUUUCUGAUUAAUCGAAAAGAAGAGUAUACAUAAAUAUACGAGAGGCAUAUAACUUAUACGUACUUAAAUACACGUACAUGCGUUUGCGUUUUAUAUGUCAUCGAUUCUGCAAAAUUCCCUUCGUUUCGUAGGUUAGCCUUUUUUUUUUUUUUUUUCCAUUUUUGUUUAAGCAGCCUCCGUCCGCCCUUCCAUGAGCCGAGGAGAUGCUUUUCCAUUCGUGUUCAUUCGGCCCAAUAGCGAGUUCCUCAAAAAUAGGAGGAUUGUGUGGAACGGCGGUGAUAAUGCUCUUUCAUUUCCCGCGUUAGCAAGCACGCAAAGGCGCAUGUAUAUAUGCACGCUGGCGAAAACGAACUUCCAUCAGCAGUCUGCUUGCUCGAGUACAAACGAUGCGUGGGAAAUAUGACCUCCCAAUUUUGAAAAAUUAAAAGGGGAGAAAAGCCUCUGCGAAGGUGAGUAAAACGGACGUAUAUAUCUUCGUCUCUGCCUUCUACCCACCCGUACGCGGCUACGUACAUACAUAUAUUUACGUGUGCGAUAGAGGAACAUAUCGAAGCAUCGCCUCCCCCCCCAAAAAAAAAACAAACCACACGCAGUUAUGUAAAAAAAAAAAAAAGCAAAAAAGAUGAAUACAUUUAGCGGUUUUGCCCCUAACAAUGUGAGCAGUUCAAAUGUGAGCAACCCGUUGAAUAACUUCGUGGGAUCGCAACCACAAACCGUUUCUUCGAAUAAUAUACAGAAUGACAGGGCUGCUGGGUUGGGCAGCACUUUUAAUAGCGCACCCAGUGCGGCUAACAAUUUUGGUAACCAAACAAACGUAUUGACAGGUGAAGGCACAUCGACUCAAAGCGGGUUCACAGGGGUGUUAAACAAGGGCGCGAUUCCCGGCGAAAACAAGGCAGACAAUUUUGCCAGAGUGCACCCCCCCAGUAAUGGCACUCCCAAUCAGAAUGCCAGCAGUGCCAGUAACAACCAAGUCGGCAGCAGUAACAACCAGAGGAAAUCUCGAUGAAGCUUGGCACAAUAUUCAUGUGCAAGUCGUACCUCGAAACGUACGUGUUUGAGAGGAACCCGUACAUGAUGAACUUCAUUUACCUGAAGGAUGAAAUGAGCGAGUCGAAGAACAGAGUGAUGAACUCGCUGCUGCUCAGCUCCUUCUGCAAUUUGAUAUGGAACACGCAUAUAUACAAACAUGAGUAUUUAAUUUCGAAGGAAAUAUUAAGUAAGUACGCCAAGGCGGUGGAAAAAAAUCCAGAUAAAAAUAACUUUUGCAUUGUGCCAAUUUACAACUUGGAGAAGGUGAAAAUGGCGUUAAGUGAUCAGGAAAAAAAUAUAAAAAUUCUUAAAAAAAGAAAAUUACAUAUUAAGAAGAAUAAUGAAAAUCUUCUAUUCAUUUUGUAUAUCAUAAAAAAUAAUUUUCUCGAAAUAAAAACCAAAGCACAGCGCAUCAUUCAGAGACUGCUAUUCCGAUUGGACAUACUGGACAAACUUUUUAUGUUAAAAAAUAACGCCGUUUUUUUUUCCAAUAAAUACGAAUUUAAUAAAUUCAAGUUGAUGGAAAUUUUGGAUUUUUUUAACUCCUUCAAUAUAGACAGUCAGCUGCAAAAAAUUAACAAAAAUAUAAAAAACCUUGUGCAGGAGAAAAAGAACCUCCAGAAGUUCCUGCACGCGGAUAACGAGUUUACCAACUCGUUGAGGAACACCGUUGUGAAGAAUGAGCAGGAUAUAACCGACCUGAAGGGAACAACCUCGGAGAUUUGCAUCAACCUGGAGGAGAACAAAGAGUACAUGUACCACCUGAACGCAUUUGAGAGGGAAGAAAAUUACGAAAUGUUAUAAUGACAUUUUUUUUAAAGAAAGGAAUUCCCCCCUGAUGUGUUAAAUUUGUUUUUUUGCUGUCAUUUUUGCUGUCAUUUUUGCUGUCAUUUUUGCUGUCAUUUUUGCUGUCAUUUUUUGCUGUCAUUUUUGCUGUCAUUUUUUGCUGUCAUUUUUGCUGUCAUUUUUUGCUGUCAUUUUUUGUGUAUUUUUUUUUUUUUUUUUUCCCCACUGAGCCUUCACACACACUUGUUUGAUAACCAUCUCUACGGUGUACUUUUUUACAACUUUGCAAAAGUGUUUAUAAAAUACUUAUGCAUGUGCGUGUACACGCCGUUUGCCUUUUUUUUUAAAUUUGUUUUCUGCCUCCCCCUUUGACAUAAAAACGUGAUUUGUUUAACCUCCAAAAUGGGUAAAAUUAUUCGCCUUAAUGUGCAAGCUGCGUCAGCAGUAGGGUGACAGGGAGAAAAAUCCCGCCGUAAGUACUUUUUUUAUUGCAGCCCCAGUCGGAUUGGGCCGCAUACCAUCUGUUUUAUUUUAUUUUUUUUUCUGUCAACAAUUUGAAGAAGCAAAAAAUAUAAUACGCAAUUGCGCAGGGGCAGAUGUUUCACUGGAAAAAAAAAAAAAUUGCCAAAUGAUGGUAACGUAACGGUGAACAGUUUGGCCGCUUCUAAAGGACAAACAGAUGAGCUAGCAGGGGAUAUACUCGCUCCUUCGCCAGAUAAAUCCACAUUUUAGAAAAGGAGGAACUAUACCCCCCAAUGUUGCUUCUUUUUUUUUUAGCCCCCCGAAUGGUGCACAUUUCGUUUCCUUCCCCUUUU